AAAAUAAAAAUUACCACUUUUUUUAGUGAUUUAAUUCUUAAUUUCCACAUAAAGAAAUCUUUACAGAUAUUCCAAACCAGUAAUCAAAUAGUAAUUCAAAAUGCUGGACAGUUUAUUUGAUGAUGUGAAGCGCAUGAACAAAAGACAGUUUAUUUACCAAGUGCUUAGUUUUGGAAUGAUAGUAUCCUCGGCGCUGAUGAUAUGGAAAGGUCUAAUGGUCGUAACUGGUAGCGAAAGCCCCAUAGUAGUAGUGUUGUCUGGUAGUAUGGAACCAGCGUUCCACAGAGGAGACCUAUUGUUUUUGACUAACUACCCCGAUGAGCCAGUGCGUGUUGGAGAAAUUGUUGUGUUCAAGGUGAAAGGCCGCGAUAUUCCAAUCGUUCAUAGAGUGCUCAAGCUACAUGAAAAGAACAAUGGAACUGUUAAAUUUCUAACUAAGGGAGACAACAAUAGUGUUGAUGAUCGAGGGCUCUAUGCACAGGGCCAACUGUGGCUUACCAAAAAAGAUGUUGUUGGACGCACAAGGGGAUUCUUACCAUAUGUUGGAAUGGUUACAAUUUAUAUGAAUGAAUAUCCAAAGUUUAAGUUUGCUGUACUGGGGUGUUUAGCAAUUUACGUCUUAGUGCACAGGGAGUAAGAACAUCAUGAUCUGAUGGUAAAGAAUACAUAUGUUUGAAGUGCUGCACUUUACAGAAUUAAAGUUAAAAAUAUUAUUGAAUAAAAUAAGUUCUAUCU